AUGGACGGAUUGGCAAUAGGAGUGCUCGUCACUUUUGGAUCACUUGCUUUACUUUUCAUGUGCUAUUUUUGUGGUGUCUGCGACAAUACCGGUAGCAUAAUUGACAAGCCAGCUUGUCAUAUAAAUUGUGAUCCCGGAGAAGAGGAGUUCGAGAUUGUUUACGAAAAUAAUGCAUAUGUUCCAAAUGAAUCCGUUGUCUCUGAAGAAGUUGCAAAAGUAAAAAACGAGACCGUUAUCGAUUUACCGCCGACUUAUGAUGAUGUUAUCAACGAAACCGACCGAGGAACAUGA